UUCACUGGAUCUGUGGAUUCAACGCUGGUUGACGCCAGUGGUGACAGUGAUUCCAUCAAAGUUUUUGUGCGAGUACGACCUCUGACCCAGGGCACUGGCUUGACCACGGAUAGAGAUCAGGGUUUCUGUCUCACAGUCACCUCACCCAAUACCAUUCGUCUACACUCAAAGCCAGAACCAAGGACCUUCACCUACGAUCAUGUCGCUGACAUUGACACAUCUCAGGACUCCGUAUUCUCCUGUGUUGCCAAGAAUAUUGUGGAGUCUUGUAUGAAUGGAUACAAUGGUACUAUCUUUGCCUACGGACAAACGGGCUCAGGAAAAACAUUUACCAUGCUUGGCCCAUCUGACUUUGAUAAUUUCACAGAUGAAUUGCGGGGUGUCAUUCCUCGUAGUUUUGAGUACCUCUUUUUUCUCAUCAACAGAGAGGUGGAAAAGUCUGGGAAAUCCAAGAGCUUCCUUUGCAAAUGUUCCUUCAUUGAGAUCUACAAUGAGCAGAUCUAUGACCUCCUGGACAGUGCCUCAGCUAGCCUGUUCCUCAGGGAAAACAUAAAGAAGGGUGUGUUUGUUGAAGGAGCAGUGGAGAAAUUUGUCACCUCAGCAGCCGAAGCUUACCAGGUUCUGUCUAUGGGUUGGCGGAAUCGAAGAGUGGCAUCAACAUCCAUGAACCGGGAAUCCUCAAGGUCACAUGCUGUAUUCACCAUGGCUCUGGAGUCCAAGGAGUCGAUAAAUGAUGUAGUGAAUAUUCGAGUGUCUCAACUGAAUCUGGUGGACUUGGCAGGGUCUGAGAGACAGAGAGACACACACACAGAAGGCUCCAGACUCAAGGAGGCCAGUAGUAUCAACCGCUCCCUCAUGUGCCUUGGUCAGGUGAUCAUGGCACUGGUGGAUGUGUCCAAUGGGAAGAACCGACACAUCUGCUACAGGGAUUCUAAACUCACCUUCUUGCUAAGGGACUCUCUUGGAGGAAAUGCGAAGACGUACAUCAUAGCCAAUGUGCACCCUGGAUUGAAAUGUUUUGGGGAAACAUUAUCAACGUUGCAUUUUGCCCAGAGAGCAAAGCUGAUCAAGAAUAAGGCUAUGAUCAAUGAGGACACACAUGGAAAUGUGAGGCAGUUGCAGGCUGAGGUGAAGAAGCUGAAAGAGCAGCUUGCACAUGCGCUCUCCUCUCAGGCACAUGUGAUGGACAAUGGGAGGGAUGUGGUACCAGGAAGACCCCAGCUCCACACUGGUUCAUCCACGGAAUUCCAGGCUGGCAUCUCAUACAAGGCUAAGUUCAUAGCAGCUGUUCAUCUAUGGAAGAAGCGUGAGGAUGAGAAGAAGAUGCUCCUCCAGAAGGUGGCUCAGCUGGAGGAGGCUUGGGCUCAGAAGGAGAAGUUCAUCCAUUCCAGCCGCAUGAUUAUCAAGUUUCGGGAGGACCACAUCUUGCGCUUGGAGAAGAAGUUGAAUAGCGGACAGUGUUCACUGUCAGACAACGAAAGUCAAGCACUAAUUGACAAACUCAAGGAGGAAAUAAAGAUCCUUAAAGAUCAGAUUGAGCAUCACCCUAAAAUGACCUGGUAUGCAGCAGAGAACUACGGCCUGAGAGAAGAAAACCGUCAGCUCCGUUCCCUGGAGACGGGGAAGCUGGCUGAGGAGGCUGCAGGCAAAGAUGUUGCGGAGCUGGAAGAGGCCUUCCAGAGGGCUAUGGAGACAGAGAGGCCAAUGGCGGCCCAGCCAACCUAUUCAGCUGAAAACAUCUCAGCCAUUUCCAUGGAGAAGCUAAAGGCUCAGCUGGUCGAAAAACAGUCUGCGCUCACAGCCACCGUUCAAGCCUUUGAGGAGUAUAAGGAGGUCACCAAGAAACGGAUGGCUGAGUUGGAGUCAGAGAAAAGAUACCUUGAUACAUCCAACAGGCAUUUGGAAAACAUUCUGGAAGCCACAAAUGCUUACAAAAAGCAGGAAGUCUCUCAGCUGAACAGAAUUCAUGUUGAAACAAUCAAGAUUCUCACCACCCCAACCAAGGCUUAUAACCUGCGAUCUCGGAUAGUGCCCCUCUCCAGCCCAGACCACUUCAGUGACGGAGGCGGACAAGUGGAUGAAGUCUGGGUUGAAAAGCCGCCUCCAUUGAUGAAUGAGUUAGCAUGUGAGGCCCUGACUGAAGAGCUUAAACACAUGCAGGAGCAUGCCAAUCGUGUGCAGACUCAGCUGGAAGAGGAGGAGCUGAAGAACAACAAACUCUUGCAGCAAAUUGCUAAACUUGAAGAGCAAGUAGCUGUGAUGUCACAAGAAGCUGACCACAAGGAUGAGCAACUAUCGGCCGAGCGAGCUACCAGGAGAAGAGAGCAGCUCAACCUGCAGGACACCAUUGACAACAUCCAACAGUCUCUAAAUGUGGAACUGCAGACAAGUGAAGUUCUGAGGAGUGAGAUCCACGACUUGCGUCUGUGUCUGCAGUCGUCUGAUAAGGAGCUGGCUGAUGUGAAGAAAGAAUUGAAGAAUGGCCAAAGUGAGCAACAGAGGGAGAAGAGCCAGCUGUCUGGCAGCCUAAUAAGCACACAGCUCAAGCUAGACAAAAUUCAGCUGGAGUGCGAGCAGCUUCUGGAACAGCAUGGGAGUCUACUGGAUUCAUUUGACCAGCUGCAGGCAGAGGCCAAGUUUGAAGCUGACCAGGCCAGACAGCAGCUGCAGGACAGACAGCAGGAAGUUUCUGCCUUGCAGACCGAAGUCACGGUACUGAGGAACACACUUCAAACUGAGAGAGAAUACACAAGCACGUUGACCUCCCAGUUGCAAGAAAACAAGGAAAAUACAUCAAAGGAACUUGUAGAGUUCAUUGAGCAGAAUGCACUGCUGAAAAAACAAGUGUCUGAUCUAACAGUACAGAAUGCACAACAGGCCUUGAGUCAAGCAAAUGUCGAGCGAAAUCUGACGACUGCGAAUAAAACCAUUAAUGACUUGGAACAGAAGAUUGAACAGGACAAAGACGUUGUGCUAGACCUGAUUAACCAAAUUAGAGAUCUCCGUGGGGAACUUAGCCAGAAAGACGAGAACCUUGCCCUUCUGUCCAGAGACGUCAAGGACAUCACAGCUAAGUAUGAUGCUGCCUGCUCUGGAAAGGAGGAAAUCAGGGAGCAAAACUCCAAGAUGCAGAUAGAACUUCAGGAGCUUAAGGAGGAUACAGAGAGAAAAGUUGCAUCCAACCGAAUAGAGGUUGAAUUGCUGCAGGAAGAGAUAGCAUACACCAUUGAGGAGGUAGAGAAACUCACCAAGGUAUUGGAUGAACAGAACGGUCUCCUCCAAGCCUCUCAGGAGCAAAUGGCCCAGAAGGAGUCUGAAAUCCAGAAAUUAGAGCAGAGGCUGAAACAACAAGAAGCAAUUGAAAUAAGUAUCAGAAGUGAUAGCUCCAGUUCCCUUCUAGAAGCAUCUGUGUCACCUAAGUCACUACCUCGGACACCUUGCACCCCAAGAAACUUCAACACAGACCUGAUACAGGUAUUGGGGAGCCAGGAGAGGGAGCUUGAGAGCAGACGUUCCUCCAUGACCACUGGGAUUCUACUUGCAGAGCUGAAUGCUGAGAGGGCUGCUAAAAAUGAGGAAAUCCAAAGGCUUAAGACCCAGUUGAAUGAGAAGGAAAUUGUACGAAGGGAAAUCCAGGCUCUGCUAGACCAGUUCUAUACAAAAGAGAACCAUCUGAAACAGCAAGGAAACACAAAUUGUGAGAUGCUGAAUGAGGACAUUAAACAUUCUAUGAAUAGAGAGCUGCAAGAAGAAAGGACUGAGAGCACAGCAAUGCAGAAGCUCUCAGAAGCUCAAAAAAAACUGCAGGCGCAGGAGUUGAUGUUGGCCCAGUCUCAGAACUUCAUUCAGGAGUUGACCACUGAACUGAGGAACCGUUGUCUGGAGCUGAGAGAACUGAGCUUGAAGGAACUGGAACAGGAGAAGCUACUCCAGGAGAUUGAUGUUCUCCGCAAGCAAGUUGAUCACUUGACUGAGGAGAAUGGUAAACUUGUGGGCCACAAAAACCACAAACAGCGGAUUGAGUAUGUGGUGAAGCUAAAAAAAGAGAACACAAAACUUCAAGAGGAAAAUGAAAAACUCCGGUCAGAAAUUGGCUUAAUGCGAGACAACAUGUGAAGUCCUCUGCCAGCGAUGAUGUGAAUUCCUGAUUUUCCAAGAAGUGAACCCAAAUUCUCCAACACAAUAGUAGAGAGAGAGAGAGAUGGGAUGACAUGCAGCAAAAGGCCCAUGCCGGUUUCGAACCCAGGCUGCUGCAGUAAGGACUCAGCCUUUUAUGGUACAUGCUCUUCCAAGAGAGCCACCAGGGCAUCCCUAUUACCCCAUUUUUAGAAGAAAUAAAUUUUACAGAGGCUUCUAUCAAUAACACAACUUCUGAAAGAAAGAAAGAAAAUGCCUUUUGCUGGGACUAUGGCUGGAUAUGUAGAAAUUUACAUACUGUGAUCAGAAAUUGUAAAUCAUUAAUGUUUUCAUAACUUCUUUUUAGCUGCUUAGUCCCACCGUGUACGGGAGAUUCUGUAGAGUGAUGAAAGAGGAACUUGAUAAGGUUAUUAACUUUUUUGUAAUUGUAAUUCUUGUAUUUCUUUGACUGUCAUAUGUUUUCAUUCUGUCACUUACAUGUACAUGUAAUCUUACUUUUAAACUGCUUAGUCCCGUUGUAUCUGUUUGGUGAGUCUAUCGAGGGAUGCUGGAGGAACUUAUAAGGUUAUAUGUAAACUAUUGUUUGUGUUUUUAUUUUUUUACCCAUUCUCUCAGGUGUCUACGUACCCAAGUAAAAUUCUCUUUGACUGUUAUACGUUUUCAUGGUCUUUUACAUGUAAAAGUAGAAUUAUUUUGUCUUUAUCCCUCAUGAGUUCUGUUUUCUUUGUAUUCUAUGAUUUAUUUGCCACAUUUAAG